AUGGUUACUGUUGUUCGCCCUCGCACGACUGCGGGUGUUGUGACUGUCAUGCCUGUCAACGAGUCAUCACGUCACUCUCCGGAUCCUUCUGCUGUGCAGCGAGCAGCAGGUAAUGCACUACAGUCGAAAGCCGUACGAGUCGAGAAACUGGAUGGCUACUUGUUCCGGACAUAUCGACUUACCACGGCGAAAGGAUUCUUCUAUAUCCUACGAAGUCGACCAAACCACAAUAUCAGAUUACUUAGACAUGAAGAAAACCGAUUAGACGACGAAGCCUGUUCGCUACAGGCCUUGGCUUCACGGCCUGACCUGAUACCAGCACGACUUAUUGAAUAUCGCCCAUCUAGCAACGCCAUCGGUAGCAAAUAUCUCAUAUCUGGCCCCUUUGGUGGCUCCAUAUUCGCAGACGUGGAGCCAUCACUAUCUCGUCAGGCGCUGGCAGAUAUCGAUCGAAGUCUUGGACAGUACGUACGAAGAAUCUCCGCAGUGACUGGCACGAGCUUUGGCUCGAUACGGCAAGGCACGAGUUUCACAUCUUCCUCCUGGACGAAGAUAUUCGCUCUGAUGCUCGAGUCCGUGCUCCGCGACGGUGAGGAUGCUUUGAUCAAUCUGCCGUACGAGGGUAUGCGGGAGCUGCUGCGACGACAUCGUGGCUCGCUGGACAAGAUUACUCAACCAAGAUUGGUUGUCAUGGAGCUCUCGGCCGAUCAGAAUAUCGUGGUCGAUGCUCGACAGCAGCAAGUUACUGGUCUAUUAGACUACUCUACCGCAUUCUGGGGCGAUCCUUACCUCUCAGACUGCUUCUAUAAGCCCACCGCCAGCUUUGUCGAAGGGUUUGGCAAGCUCCCAAACGGCGACAACGACGAGAGGAUACGGCAAUACCUAUAUGUGCUAUACCACGCCCUACUAGCAGUGGUAAGACACUACUAUCGCCCAUCAGCCGAUGGUGACGAACUGGAAGCAAGACGAGAUCUCACGACCGCCAUGCGACAGCUUUCCGUCCUGCCGGCACGGUGA